GGGAGUAGGGCGGGCUGCGCGCCGGCUCUGGCCCUGCCCUGCGGCCCGCCCUCGGCGUACCGGGCCUCUGGGCCACGCGCCAGCCCAAAGACUUCGGGUCUGGUAGCCAUGUGUGGACCCGAAAGCGCCUUGUAGUCUUUGAAGCGCUCUGACAUCUCAGAAGGGCUCUGUAUUGCAAACUAAAUCGAACCGCUUUGUAAUCCCGGAAGCGCUUUGACGUCUCCCUCGUAGCGCCGUGCAAACCGAAGCGCUUGGCGAUAGCGGAAGCACGUUGUGGGUCUGGAAACCAAACCGACGCCCUUAGUAAAUCUUGGGUCGUUUUGAAUAAGACGAAGCACUUUGGAAUCGCGAACAGUCGAAGCGCAUUGGCAUCUCCGAAACCUUGAGAACUGUGAUGGGCAGUGGAAAGAAGGGGGAAAGGUGCCCAUGGCGUCGGAGCGGCGCAAGGUCAAGUACCACUGGAGCAGCACUUCGGAAGGGUGUCCCCGCAAGCGCAGCUGCCUCCGGGAGCCCCGUGAUGUGGCCCCCUCCAGCCGGUCAGCUCCUAGCUCAGCACCGCGUUCAGGGGGGACCAGCAGCCCCAAGCGCCUGAAAGCCCAGAAAGAGGACGAUGUGGCCUGCUUCCCGAGGUUGCCCUGGGGCUCUUCCUGCCGCAGAGAUUCCUCCUCCUCUUCCUCCUCUUCGCAGGCCUCUGGGCCAGGUGUGGGCGGAGCUGCCCGCAAAGGCUGCCUGAUUCGGAGCACACGGGGAUUCCUUUCGUCCCGAGGAUCCCCUUUUCGCUCUGCCGACAACUCUCUGGAAGAAAUGGCUUCUCUAGAGGAGGAAGCGUGCAGCCUUAAGGUUGAUUCAAAAGAUAGUUCUUAUAACUCUGCAAACUCUGAAUUUGCAGCUGAAGCUGAGGGUCAGAAUGACACAGUUGAGGAACCAAACAAGGUCCCGAAAAGGAAGAGGGAUAGAUUUCGAGACCAAGGCUCUACAAUGAUCUACCUGAAGGCUAUCCAGGGCAUCCUGGGGAAGUCGAUGCCAAAAAGAAAGGGAGAGGCUCCCAGUAGGGCAGCUCGGAACACAGGGGAGUGUCCCAGCCAGGGAGAAGGGCCAGCCAGGAGUGUCGCUGGGUCUCCUUCUCAGAAAGGGAAAGAGGCAGCCCAGGAGGUGAGAGCCAAGGAGGAAAAGGCGGUGCCGGAGAGGACCGGCUUCUGCGACAGGAGAGUCGUGAUAGACCCCGAGGAGAAACCCAGCGAGGAGACACCUGGCUUAGGUUUUGGCGAUCUUUGA